AUGGUGGAAACGGCCGGACCGGUCCCUGCUGGCUUUAACUGGCAAGGCAAAGAUGUGGAGUGCUGGACUUCGCCGGAGGUUCAGGCCUUUCUAUCUGCGGUGCUCCCAGGCCAUGCAGCUGCAGCAGCAUUUGGCCAUUGUAGUGGCAAGGUCCUUGCCACGCUCUCAAAGGAAGAUCUGCGUCGUCAGGCGAAAGACGAGGAAGUUGCUAACGUGAUCUUCGCAGAGCUUGCGCGGCUCAAGAAGGUGCAGGACCAUGUCAACCAGAUCAAUGCAUCUGGGGCACAGCAGUUUCAGCUUCACGUGCGAACGCCCGCGGACGUGGUCCUGCAGCUCGAGGUACGUCCGACCGACACGAUCGGCCACGUCAAGGCUCGGCUCGCGGCGCUCGAGGGCACGCCCGUGGAGCGCCAGAGGCUUGCGCUCCUGGGUAGCCCGCUGCAAGACAGCCGAAGCCUGGCAUCUUGCGGCAUCGGCGAAUCGACAGUGCUGCUGCUGGUACCUCGAUUAAACCAGUCGGGACACCGCAGCUUUGCCCCAGCGGCAGCAGCUGUCCCGACGACACCAAAGCCACUAGCGUCGGGCACACCGCGGCCCCGUGUGCCUCUCGUGUGCACGGACAUCGCACGGCCGUUUCCGAUGAGCUUAGAGUUUGUCAGUAUCGCGGAGUAUCAGGCCUUCAUGUUGGCCAUUCAGCGGCAGGUGGGUCGAAAGUCGCUCACGUCCACCCUUGCAGCAGUUGUCCAGGCCGACGACGCCUCACCCUUCUUGGAGAUCCUGUCCAACGACAAAAUGCGCCCUCCGGUCCAGACCCGGGUGAUGUUCGACGAGGACUCAGAGGUGCUGCUGAUUGACACUGUGGGUGAUAUUCUGAUGGACAACGCUCGCUAUCGUGUCCUCCUGCACCUGAAGGAGGAGCAGAAAACUGCCAUGCUUGUGACUGGCAUGCGGCCGCACUAG